AUGAAAAAGAGGAAUUCUACCAUCCAGAAAGGCAUGCCAGUUAGGAAUGAUGAAAUGGUAGCAGGAUAUAUCGCAGUAACACAACCCAUAAAAUACGCAAAACAUAAAAGUAACGCACGAGUGUGGUGCAUGAUCGGCGUGGCCUGGCUGGUCUCCGGUGCCAUCGGAUCUCCUGUAGUCCUGGGCUUGAACAACACACCAGACAGAAGACCUGGAGACUGCUUGUUCAACAACAAGGAUUACGUCAUCUACUCUUCACUGGGCUCUUUCUACAUACCAUGCAUCAUCAUGAUGUUCUUGUAUUAUAAAAUAUUUAAAGCAAUACGUCAGAGGGCGCAAAAGCAGCGGAUUGCUAAGAAAACGUCGGCAGCUAUCAGCUCAGCAGUAUCAAGUGGAACUGCAGCGGUUGUCAUAGAGAACGUAGCGCAGACACAACGGUUAGACGGGUCUAUGCACGACGACAGACCUACCAAUACAGCGUCAGGGAGCAAUGAGGAAGAUGAUGUGGAGGACAGCUUCGGCAGAACAGAGAUGGGCGAGUAUGCUGAAGAACUGGUCAACUCAAGAUCUGCAAGAUUCAUGCUUGCUGCUGUCGUUGAAGAGACUGGCCUCAUUAUGGCAAACCUAGCCUCCCCAAUCCCGAUGAUGGAUCCUAACACGAACAACGAUUCGGGAUACGCGCCCUCCAAUAUCGAUGGGGAUAAGGAGCACACACCCCCUGCAUCACCAACGCAGAAAGAGGAAAAGAAAGAAGAAAAAGAAAAGACUGAACCGCUGAAGAAGCCGGAGUUGAAGUGA